AUGACAUCGCCGGUAAAAUUGAUUUCAGUACGUCAAAUUCCGGAAGCAUCAGCUCAGGAUGAAUUUAUUUGGGUAUAUCAGAUGAAUGAUAAAUGGACUCCUUUUUCUGAUGCUGCAUCAUCAACCAUUGAAAAAGCCUUUCGACAAGGCAUCGAAGAGAUAGUUAUUAAUGGAAUUUAUCGUAUUGAUUUAAAGUGCUUCGUACAAGAACAUAUUGAUGAUCGAAAUUGUAAACAAUCGAUUCGACGACGACGACGAUGUCUCCAUAAAUCAUCAAUCGAAGAUGAAUCUCGACGUUGUGAACGAUUCUCAUCUCCUUUGGGAUUAGUUUCAAAUUGUAAUGUAAGUGCGGAUACAAACUAUUAUGGUUCACUAUUUAUUGAAGCAUGCAAUAAAAAGGAAAUGAAAUUAGCUGGAAUAAAUUUUUAA